AUGACAAACUCUUCAACAAAGGCCACACAAGGAUCUGUUCAAUCCGAGAGCCGCACAGACAAGAUCAAUGGACUGUCUUCCAGUCAAGCCACAGCCCAAGAUAAGCAAAUCACGAUGAUCAGAUUCGUGAGCGACCUGUACGUGCCUGUUUCCGCCCGUCUUCAGGACCCACUGUAUGUGCCCGGAAGCCACAUGCAGGACAGUGUGAGUUUGGGCCGUCUCACGAACCGCCCGCGGCCCCACUCCUCCACCGGCUUUGAGGGCAUCGGGGCCCAGUUUAUCGACUCUGGCCUCGGCACGAGUCGCUAG